AUGACUCCUCAUAGCCCAUUUUUAACGCUUGAGUGUGAGAUGGUCCAAAAAGUUGCUGAUUCCGUGAACUCAAGAUCUAGAUUUUUAUGGUUUUAUGUAUGUUCCCUAAUGAAAACUUGUGCACUUUCCUUUUAUGCUAGUCAGCUCAAUCAUAUGUCUGCCGAGGAAGACACAGUACCACUCGGAACAUACCUUUCUUCAAUUCCACUCGACGAAGUUGUUCUUCAUGGAUGGUCACGACCAUCCGCCAUGGGAAGAAGACGAACACUGCUUAGUAUCCAAGCUGACCAAUUUCACGAUUCUGGACGGGAAUUCCAUCCAUCAUCAGUUUUCCCUGCUAAAGUCCUCACUUUUGCCGGAUUCGAACAGUUCCUAGAAGAUAGCUGGAAUUCGAGCCAAGAAGCGACAAAAAUGCUGGAAAUUCAUAUCGAUAUCCCUCAAGAAGAUCCUGGACUUGAGCGAAGUUGUCAAUGGUUUCCGAAAGGAUCGCUACUAAAAAUAGUUCAUGCUGGAAAUCCCCUUCCAUCCUCUCUCUGCCAACAUCAAACCGAUCUUCUAACUAAUCCUGGGUGUCGCAAUCAUACAUUAUCAGUUCAACCGGAUUUUGUUUGGAACCAGAACAAUGGUCAAAGCUCCAGCAAACAUGGAAAUCGAAAAGGACUACAAACCAAUAUUCCACUCAAUGCUCGUUCUCCAACGAAAAACCUGUCAAACUUUUCAACUGAAAAUGGAGUAACACCGCCAAACAAUGGUAUUCCUGAUGUUUCAGAGCAUGACGAAUCUUACUAUGAAAUUCUUCCACAUCUGAAAACCACUCUUCUAGAGUGCGUAAGACAAGAUUCUGACGAUCACAAGCUUCCACGUAUCUAUGGAGACCUGAAGAAGUACCUUUCAAAGGGCCCUUCUAAUACAGGUUUUACGGUAUCCAACUCAAUGUAUAACAAAAAAAGUUGUUUUUUUCUCAUUCAGGUGGCCCGGAACCUUGCUAUCGAAAAUAACCCGUCUGCUGGUCUGAAAAUUCCACGAGUUCCAAAAUGCGUUCAUGACUACUUGAAUCAGUUUCUUUCGGAAAGGAAAGGAAACAUCAUGGAUUUCGACAAGAAAUUUUUGUCGGACCUAUUCCGAGGUGUGACGUCGAAGCAUAGCAUUUAUAAUCACUUGAAAAAGCAAGGGAUGAAACAAGGAAGUUGA